AUGCGACUGGUGCCACUCGCCACAGCCUUAUUGACGAUCUACUGCUCCGUCAUCGAUGCGUCAGGUACGCCUCUGGGAGCAGCACCUACACAGCACGUCUCUCGCAUAGUCGCUGCACCAAGUCUUUCGAGUUCUACGUCUCUAUCGGCCAACGACCAGACCCUUUUCGCACGGGCAGGAUGGCUUAAAGGCCUCAAGCGCAAGCUCAAGCAGAACAUGAAGCUCUGUGUUUCCUGCAACGCGCCUCGACCCUCUCCGCCUCCGACGCCCCCAGGGGCACAGUCACCUCCUCGCCGUACCCUCUCCCGGCCCAUCAGCUUCGACAACUUCAGGCUACACGAGCGCUUCCGGGCGCAAGGCGUUGGUGGCGACGAGCGCAGACUACCCGCAAAGGUCGAUGUGAGCCCCAUUGGCGUUUCGGGCUGUUUGCACGGGCCUACCUGCGCGCACGUCUAUGGACUUGAGCCUCACCCGCCUGCUGCGAAUCCUCCUUGA